GUGUAUUGAGCACAAACGUCACUGAAAGCAGUGGCCGGUCUGCCCUGCCUACCAGCAGCAGCUCAUGCAUGAUACACACGCUGUCACACACACACACACACGCACGCGCUUAUGCACACACACACACUAAUAUAAAUAUACCACACACACACAGCCUACCGUGUUUACGCAGCGGCGUGGUUCUUGUGUGUGUCUCACACUACUGACUUCACUCUCUCUCUUUCUCUGACACGCGCACACUGAUACACUAGCACACGCGCUGUCUGUCUGCACCACGCCAGGCUGGUCCAGCGCUCUGCACAUGCACGCAUGACUCUGAUGCUGAUCAGCACCGGCCUUUGUCUGCGUGUGUUCACCGUUUAUCCAGUAUAAUGAUGAAGAGAAACCUGAUCUUGUGAGAAGUUGCAUGAGACUGAAAUCCGGAAAGUGAGCUGAAGUAAAACAGGGGGCCGCCAGAGAAAGACCACUGAAACACCAGCUACGUUUACAUCCAGCUGUUUUGUCCAGUCACCAUGCCUGAGCAUCACCAGUGUUCUGAUAUGUGCACAUGAAUACAUCCGGUCCAGUGAGUGACAACAAGAGAACAACAGGAGAACAGUGCAGGCAGCUGCUCUGAGAUGGUCGUACCCUUGCUGUGGUGACCGUGGUGGAGCACGAGAGGUCUGAUUCAGCAUGCGUCCGUGGGCGGGGUCCUGGCGUUGGAUAGCCCUGGUGCUGCUGGCCUGGGGGACAUUGCUCUUCUACAUCGGGGGGCACCUGGUGCGGGACAAUGAGCACACACCCCGCUCCAGCAGAGAGCUGGCCAAAAUCCUCACCAAGCUGGAGCGUCUGAAGCAGCAGAACGAGGACCUGCGGCGCAUGGCUCAGGCGUUAAGGAUUCCUGAAGGCCAGUCUGAUCGGCCCGUGUCUGCAGGCAGGCUUCGGUCUUUAGAGGAGCAACUGAGUCGAGCAAAGCAGAAAAUACAUAACUACCAGAGACUCUUUGGAGACGCUGGUCCGGGCCGGGAGCAGGAGGAGUACAGGAGGAAGGUGGAGAAGGGCGUGAAGGAGCUCUGGUAUUUUGUCCGCAGUGAGGUGAAGAAACUGAGCCAUGUGGAUCCAGGCGUGCUGCAGAAACACACAGACACACUGCUGCAGGACCUGGGACACCAGCAGAGGUCCAUCAUGACGGACCUGCACUACCUCAGCCAGGCGGACGGGGCCGGAGAGUGGAGGGAGAAAGAGGCCAAGGAUCUGUCUGUCCUGGUGCAGAACAGGAUAUCCUUCCUGCAGAAUCCUCCAGACUGCAGCAAGGCACGGAAGUUGGUGUGUAACAUUAAUAAGGGCUGUGGUUAUGGCUGCCAGCUGCAUCAUGUGGUUUACUGCUUUAUGAUCGCAUACGGCACCCAGCGCACUCUCAUCCUGGAGUCUCACAACUGGCGAUACGCCAACAACGGCUGGGAGACCGUCUUCAGACCAGUCAGUGACACCUGCACUGACCGCACUGGAGCAUCAACUGGACACUGGUCAGGUGAGGAUAAUGACCGGGACAUCCAGGUGGUGGAGCUGCCUAUAGUGGACAGUCUUCACCCCAGACCCCCCUACCUGCCCCUGGCCAUCCCAGAGGACUUGGCGCCCCGGCUCCAGCGCCUCCAUGGUGAUCCCUCGGUCUGGUGGGUUUCUCAGUUUGUGAAGUAUCUGGUGCGUCCGCAGGCCUGGCUGGAGAAGGAGAUGCAGGAGGCCAGCGUCAAACUGGGCUUUAAACAUCCAAUAAUCGGAGUGCAUGUGAGACGGACGGAUAAGGUGGGAACAGAGGCAGCGUUCCACCCCAUAGAGGAGUACAUGGUGCACGUGGAGGAACAGUUCCAGCAUAUGGCCCAGCGCAUCCAGCUGGACAAAAAGAGAGUAUAUCUGGCAACCGAUGACCCAUCACUGCUACAAGAGGCAAAGACCAAAUAUCCGGAUUAUGAGUUUAUCAGUGAUAACUCCAUCUCGUGGUCAGCUGGAUUACAUAACCGAUACACAGAGAACUCUCUGAGAGGAGUCAUACUGGACAUACACUUCUUGUCCCAGACUGACUUCCUGGUCUGCACCUUUUCCUCACAGGUUUGCAGGGUGGCUUAUGAGAUCAUGCAGAUGCUUCACCCAGACGCCUCCUCUUUCUUCUACUCUCUGGACGAUAUUUAUUACUUCGGAGGUCAGAAUGCCCACAAUCAGAUCGCCAUCUACCCCCACCAGCCCAGGAAUGCCGAGGACAUCCCUCUGGAGCCAGGUGAUGUUAUUGGAGUCGCAGGGAACCAUUGGGACGGCUUCUCUAAGGGCGUGAACCGCAGGCUAGGACGAACGGGCCUGUACCCUUCUUACAAAGUGAAGGAGAAGAUCGAAACUGUGAAAUAUCCCACUUAUCCUGAGGCAGACAAACUGAUCACACCUCAGCGCAAGAAAUAAUGAAGCAGAAUUAUGCCUUUUUUUGUUGCUAAGGGGGUCGCCCUCGAAAAGAAAAAAGCUGAGGGUUCCGUAUGAUCUGUGUUAGGGCGUUGUGUUUGAUAUACCACAAAUGAAUUAAAACAGGAGGGCCUGAGGAGUUUGCUGAUUAAGCGAAAAAGAUAAAAAAGAAAGAAGAAAUAAAAAGAAAGACAUGCAGAGAAUUCAGUAGAAUACAGAAGAGAGAGAAUCAGGACUGUCAACUUCUUUUUCUCCAAAGACUGUGAUUUUUUUUUUGUUCUUUUUCCUGUUCAGAGGUUGCUCAGAUUAGACAGGUGACAAUCCACAAGAACAGACACACGUCGACACUGACGGCACCGAGUGUGUGUGUGUGUUAAAGUGUGUGUAAAGUGACUCCUGGCGCACCUGACGUGACUCUCCUGGAUGAAGUGGAAGCAGCAGCAGACUCUGUAAUGUGACUGAAGUGCAUCUCGUUUUCAGCACAUCAGCAGCUCAGAGACGUUGAAAAAAACCUAAACCCCCGUCUCAUGCUUGUUUUAUUUAUUUCAAAUUUGAGAUGUUUUUAAAAACUCUUCUUGCCUUUUGACUUUCUUCUUCAUCACUCUACUCACCUCUCCUGCUGCGUGUGUUACCAUAUACUGAUGAUCUUAUCUGAUCUGCCCGUAAAGUACUUUCAUAGAGACUGUUGGUAGGUUGGCCUUGCUUUGCUAAACAUCAGGCACUGGCAGAAAUCCCAUUCAACCUAAUAGGAACACACAAAAAAUAAAAAUUAAUCUGAAGUUUUAUUUUUGUUUGCAUGAGAACAGUAUGAUAGGACGGAUCCAGUGGAGAUUAUAUUAGAUUUGAUUAGAUUAGAUUACAUUCAUUACAUACAUUAGAUUUAAGUUUUAGGCAAAUCAUCAUACUGCAGGUAUAAGCAAGUCUAAAUCCUUUAGCUGUAAGUCAUACCUAUUUUACCUUUGUAUAGUUUAAAGUCGCAUAUUUUAUAUCAUAUAUAGUGUUCUAUAUAGUGCCAUUUACAAAAACACAAUUUUAUAUAAAAACUAAACAAUGUUUCUGUUGUAUUUACCGACUAUGAGUGAAUAUGUGAGUGAAUAUUGUCUCAGACUCAGAUGCUCUGCCCACAAACUGAUAAUACUUUCAUUAAAUAAAGUGUAAAUAAAUAUUUAUAAUUAUAUUUAAAUAUGUUCAUUCUAAUAAAACGGUAAAUAUAUAUGAUAAUUCAUAUUUCUUGCCCACUUUCCCCACAGUCAUUUUCCUUAAAGUGUUUAGUAUCUUCUAAGGAAGAUGUCAUAUUAAAUUUUCCAACACAUGAGAGUUUAGCCCAGAGAUAUUUAUUGAAUUUAUCAACAACAUACAGUGUCGUAAUUUUCUGUUUCACCUUAACUGGUGCAGAUAUUACAGAAAUACACAAAAAUGCCAGUUUUUUAAUUUGGUUGAAUGGGACUUUUACCACUGUAUUUUUUACGGCAACGCUUGGCCUCUCUAGCAACAGUAGGUACAGAAGGACAUUUGGGUAAGUCAGUUUCUUCACAUACUCAUAACUUUACUUUUGACUGUGUGUGAGUGUGUGUGUGUGUGUGUGUGUGUGUGUGUGUGUGAGUGUUCAGUACCAUGUUUAAUUUAGUAUACACUCCUAAAUCAGCACAUAGAAGAGUCACUUUCUCAAAAGGGCAACAACACAAAUAUACAGCAUCUCUCUUUCUCUCUCUCUCUCUCUCUCUCUCUUUCUCUCUCUCUUUCACACACACACACACACACAUACACAUACACAUUCACACAGCACAUAUAUAAAUAUAAUAUAACUUAUCUUAAAGCUAGAUUAAUAUCCUACAGUGUUUCUGCAUUAAAGGAUCUGUUCUGAACUCUGUGGUAAGAGCUCAUUCAGACGAUGCCUUUCAAACUCCUUGGAACUUAUUUCAUUCAUAUUCCUGAUAGUAGGAAAUUUGUAACUUGUUUAGCACGUUUUGUGUGUUUAAGUAAGUUUUUAUAAUGCCGUACAACCUACACAACUGGCCAAUCAGGAGAUGUUUUGGAGAUUUUCACUGUUUGACAUUAAUUUUAAUUUUACUUUAUGUAGUGUAAUAAAUCCAGGAAGAAUGGGUUAAUUCAAAAUACUCCAAAUAUUUUACAUUCAGGACUCCCAUUUAACUGUUGCCAUUUUGGUGGUUUUUGUGUGAUAUGUCAGUUUCAAACUGUUUGUAAAAUUUUUCUCCUUUUAUUAUUUAUAGUAUUUUACUCCAGUUGUCAUCUAAUGUGUUUCUACUGUCAAUCAAAUGAGCCCAAGAAAACAUGACUUAUUUUGAUUUACAAAUCACUUAACAAAUGCAUUUUGAUGUUAACAGAGGCAUCUUCUGAAUGAGCCCAAAACCAUAUUUGUUAUUUUAUAAUAAUAAUAAUAAUAAUAAUAAUAAUAAUAAUAAUAAUAAUAAUAAUAAUAAUAAUAAUAAACAUCACAUAAAUCAAACAUAAUUUAAAAACAGUCAGUCAUAAUGAAUCUGUAAUAAUAAACCCAGUGGUGCUUUGUGCAUAUCUGACUGACUGAUCAGGCUUUAGGGAAUAUCUCUUGUGUUAAUAUACCAUGUGGUUUUAUACAGUGGUGCACACACUCACUAUAGUAGACUAACUUUAAUUAGCACUCCUCUAAACACUCGUCCUUUUAGUAACUAUGCUUUUAUUAUUCUUUCUUUUCUAUUUAUUUAUGUGUUUAUGUUUAAACUAAUUUAUUUGUUUGUUUGCUGCAUCUCUUUCCCAACUUUGAGAACUGACUCUGAGAUUUCUAUUUAUUUUAUAUUGAAGGAAUUUAAUGUUCUUUGUCAUGACAGAUUGUCUUCAAUGAAAAAAAAGAAGAAGUUUGCGUACUUUCUGUUCCAGGGCAUUGUGUUUGAUAAAACCACAAAUCAAUUAAACAGGAGGCCAUAAAGAG